ACACUUCGUUCGUAUUCUUUGUUUCUGCACCAAUCCAUAGUGAGUAAGGUUUCUUCCUUCUCCCGCACUACCGAGAAGCGCGGCAGCCAAACCCGCCUCUUGCCGCUCGCCGUCACCGACCUCACAACCGUCUUUGAUUUUUCUUUUCUCCAUUCUUCUUCUCCAACGGUUCCAUUAUCGAUCCCUGGCACGCCUCUGUAGUUAGUUUUCUCUAUUUCCCCCUGGUCGCCGGCGCGUUGCUACGCUAACCUGCAGAACUCCACCUCGAGGUUGACACAAAACUCCAACUUCAAGCAUGUCUGGGGAGGAGGAAGAAAAUGCUGCUGAGCUUAAAAUUGGAGAUGAGUUCUUAAAGGCUAAAUGUUUAAUGAAUUGUGAAGUUUCCCUAAUCCUUGAACAUAAAUAUGAGCAACUUCAACAAAUGUCCGAGGAUCCAACGAAUCAAGUUUCCCAAGUGUUUGAAAAGUCACUGCAAUACGUGAAACGCUUCAGCCGUUAUAAGAAUCCCGAUGCUGUUAGACAAGUUCGAGAAAUUCUAAGUAGGUAUCAGCUGGCUGAGUUUGAGCUUUGUGUUCUUGGCAAUCUUUGCCCCGAAACUGUGGAAGAAGCCAUUGCCAUGGUACCAUCUUUGAAGACUAAGGGAAGGGUUCAUGAUGAUGAAGCAAUCGAGAAGAUGUUGAAUGAUCUUUCAUUAAUCAAAAGAUUUGAGUAGUUACCUCUUAAAUAUGUGUAAAUUCAUUUCUAAUGCAGAAUUAUUGUACUCUUAUCUAAUAUAAAAUUAUGAUUUUAUGGGUGAUUUUGUAAUUAGGAUCCUAAUUCGACUUAAGGUGUGGAGUGAUGACAUUUUUGUCAUGGUUUUAUAAUGUACUUAAGCCACGUUUAACUUCUUCAUUGUAUUAAUCAUGAACUUUCAUCUUUAUGAGGAUUUCUUUGAUAUGUGUUUGCCCUCUA